AGAAUUGUGGGGAGGAGAGGAGCGAUUAUAAAGAAGCAGCAGCCGUGUGAAAUUGGCGGAACAGCUUCAUAAGAAAACAGAAAGUGCAUCAGAUGCCAGUAUGAGCAGGAUGCAGAAGAAGGCAGCAAACGUGGCAGCAGCCCACCAGUUAGCUGAAUUUAAAAUACAAAACACUGCAGGAUGUGUGUUUGAGUAGCAUGUGAGCUUCCUAUUUUCUUUUUGUUUUUGUCUUCUUGAGAAACAUUUUGUUCUGUGUAGAAAUGAAGAGCUCAAGAGAGAAGAUUUCAACAUGCCGAGUGUGCUAAUAGUGUAGAGGAGAGGGGCCACAUGAACCAUCUGAGCCAGUGUAACACAUGGCAGUUCACAGUCAAGUUAACGGUACAACGGCCAUCCCGUGGAGGAGCAGCAGGAGUAAGCCGUCACUCCUGGGGCAGCUCAGAGGCUGUCAGGAGGCCUGGUGUCCCGGGGCACCCUGGGAUAGAGAAGGGGCCCACACUGUGAUCUGUGGAACACCUGCAGGGAGUUUCCUAGUUGUGCAGGACUGUGCGACGUCUCUGCCCAGCCUGCUGUGUGUGUCUGCUGGAGGAGACAAUGACACCGUUCUCGAUUAUACUAUCAAAAGCACGGGCAAAGCGUUCCAGCUGUCUGAGUCUCGUCUUUCUUUCUCUGACUUGGCUCAGCUGGUGUUCUUCUACUCUGUGACCAGGGAUGUGUUGGCCGUUUGUCUGUCAAUUCCUCAGUGGAUCUACAGCAUCACCGGCAAGAACAAAGAUCCCUUCUCUCAACUUGAACCAAACACUUGGCUCAACUCACCUCCUGACCAACAGAUGGAGGAAAUAACCCACAGAGAGCCAAGCACCGUCAUGUGCUCCAUCCAGCUGACUUCCUCUAACGGGGCCCUGUGUAUCAUUAAUCCCCUCUACUUACGUGAACACGGAGAUGACUGGCUGACACAGAGGGAACGUACUGUGAAGUGCACCACACAGGCAUCAAACUUCAGGCGAGAGCGACGCCUCAGCACCACUCGGCCGUGGGUGGGAGCUGGGUUACACAAUAAACGGGCCAUCUCAUUGGACCAGGGACCCUCUGCUGCCAGUGUGGAGAGUUAUGGUCUAACCAGAGCUAAAUCAGCUGAUUCACCAUCCCCAUCAACACCAGGUGCCACAGCAGGGGUGGUCCUCAGAAGGCCAAGCCAAAAUUCCACCAUGAGCCCUACACACAGAGCAAGCAUGGAGAGCCUGCUUUCAUCUCCUCCCUCCACACCUGAAGGUUUAUAUGGCUCCGCGUCCGAGCUGCAGCCCCACGGCAGCCCUGUCCUUCAGUCCCCUCACAGGGUUUCCUGGAUAGAAGAUGGAGUCUGGAUGCCCCCACCUAGGCCCUCGUCCUCACUCCACCCCCCGUUUCGCGAGCUCGACUCGCUGUCAGUCAGCAGCAUGGAAGAAGAGCAGGAGUGCCAAAUUCAAAGCCCUCCACCGCACCACCCGUCAGCGCAUCGUUUGGCCGACAAGGUCAUACAUCGGCUCUCUGCGGUGGGCCAGGCGCUCGGCGGGCUGGUGUGUCAGAAAAAAAGACUAACCAAUCGGGUGCAAGAGAUGAGCGAGCGGAAAGGCAGUGUAUUUGCAGAGGCCGUGAGAGAAUUCGUGGAUAUGACGCAGAGGGGAGGCGCUGAUCCCGAUGGGGUCAUGGGGUCAGACUUCUUACAGGAAGUGAGGUCCUCACUUACAUUACUGAGGGAGACACUGUUGGACUUCCCAGAAAUCCAGGCGUUGCUGGACAGCAUUACUGAUCUAAGUGACGCAGAGAUAGACUCAUUGGUGGAGCUCUCCCUACACAAAGUGGCUCUGAAGCCCGUCUCCCCCCACCUCUACUCCUGCAUUCGCACCUCCCGCACUAAUGAUGGCAGCUUCAAGCGUCUCCACAGCAAUCUGUGUGUGCUGGAAAAGAAUGAGGUAGAGGAGCUGGGAGGGUCGGCGGGAGUUGGGGUUCCUGACUGCGUCAGCCUGGAGCGAAUCCAGCAGAGGUGGACGACGAUGCAUGAAACCUACUCCCCGGACAAGAAGGUCAAGAUGCUGCUCAAAGUCUGCAAGAGCAUCUAUGACGGCAUGAGUACAAAUUCUAGCUCAGGAAAAAUAUUUGGAGCAGAUGAUUUUCUGCCCUGCCUGACAUGGGUGCUGCUCCGAAGCGAUGUGGUCACCAUACAGCUGGACACGGACUACAUGAUGGAGCUGCUGGAUCCCACACAGCUACAGGGAGAGGGUGGCUACUACCUCACAACUCUGUACGCCUCUCUCUACUACAUCAGCAGUUUCCGUCCACGAAUAGCAGCUCGUCAGCUCAGUGUGGAGGCCCAGCAGUCUCUUAACCAAUGGCAUCGCAGACGCACCUUGCACUGCAACCAGUCUCGUCGCAGCAAACAUCGACGGACCAUCCGCAGGCAGACGUUUCAGGAGAGGGGUCCUCAGAUCUCUGACACUGACACUGUGAGUAAAGAGGAGAGUGGAGAAGAAAAUUAUUGUUUUCAUCCUGAUGAGUCACAGCAGAAGAGAGACAGCAGUGCAGAGGCUCUCCAACAACUGAGAGAGGAGAAGGAGAGAGAGUAAGGACACAAGGAUCAACCACAGACAUCUUGUCCAGGAUCAGACUGUCAGCAGCGAGAAGGAAUCAAACAUGAAGACAGACAGACUCCAUGUGCAGCAGAAGAAGACAAGCAAGCAGGAUUAUAAGUGGCAGAAGAAGAACAAGGGAAAUAAAAAGAUGUUAAGAUUCCAAGACGCCAAAGAAAGCUUUUGAUUAGUGUUAGUAAUAUAGUGCUGUCAAAUAAUGAUGAGGAUGUUUGACCAAACCAGGAGAUGGGACUCCUCUAAGGGACAUCAAUGAUUCAAUGGAUAAAUUUAUAUUUCCUCUGUAUAAACUUUUUAGCCCAAUUAAAAAAACGUUUUAAAUAAAUUGUGCAAAUAUCACGCUUUAA